AAAGAGGCGUUAUUUCUUCGUGAUGAUCAUAUUAACGCCCUUGCAAGCCGAGAGCUUUCUGGUUCAAAUUUUCUCAAGUUGAUCACGGAAAGGCUUAUUAAUCCUCCUUAUAACUUUCUUGAUGGACCAGCAGAAAGAAUAGUGGAUUUUGUUACUCGAUUAAACGACCAAAGGCUUCUAAGUCUUGAAGAAUAUUUAUCGUAUCCUCCGCCAUAUAUCACAUAUUCUCCACAUGGUACUAGCUCGACAAGUUCUACAAAUGCAGUCGGUAACCCUCCGGAUGAAGUGACACUCUGGGAAGACUUCCUCGAAAAUGUAAAUGAGUAUAUGUUCGACCAAGAACAAAAAUUCCAAAAACCGAUAUUUAAUACAAAAUUUAAGGCAACCUUUGAAGAAAUUGUUCGCAAUGCUUUUAAUGUAAACAUUUGUAUGAUUUUGAAUGAGGUUAUCACAGAUUGUGAGUUUGCAAUGCGGGGAGUUCAAGGUACUGGUAGCCCAAAUUUUGCUUGCCACAAAAAAGAUGAUGAUAAACUGAUCAUGGCAAUUGAAAUCAAGAGAUAUCACAUUUUACUAGGUAUCAAACCUGAUCAAACAUUACCCGAAUUUUAUAAAGAGGAUGCUAAAGCAAGGAUGGUGAUACAGCAAAUUUACAACUACUUGUCAGAAAACCAGCUUAAAUACGGAGCACUUUCUACUUACGAUAAUAAUUGGUUUGUUAAGAGAGAGCAUAAACGUCUAUAUAUUUCAAAGUCACCUUCAUUGGAUUCAACACGUCCACCAAUUCUCAAGAGCUACGCAUAUCUAGCUCGGCUAGCAAAGCGUGACCAUUAUUCUCUUCAUUCUAGCAUCAUUCCGCAAAUUGACGAUUCACAAUAUAAUCUUCGAAAACGUUCACACGAUGAUUCUGAUGAUGAUCGUUAUGAUUCUAACUCAAAUCCACAACUCUCUAGAAGUCAACGAUCAUCUUUCAAUCGAUCAUCUUCCGGUACUUCUGGAAGUCAACAAUCAUCUUCCAAACAAUCAGCUUCUAAACAAUCAUCUUCCAAUACCUCUGGAAACAAAACAUGA